AUUAUGGUUAAUCUUUUAUAAACAGCAUUUGUUUAAAUAUGUGUACAUUAAGAAAAAAAAUUGAACUGUGCAUGUAAUACAAAUCUACAUCCCCCACAAUGUGAAAUAUAAGGUCAAAUUGGAUGUGUUCAAUAAACUUGUUACUAUGUGUUAAUAUCGAAGGGUGUGAGUUUGCUCAGCAAACAUGGAUCAGCCCUCCAGUGUUGAACACGAAGUCUUAGGUUGAUCUGCAUAUUGGGUGUGACCCGGUUCUUCAGGUAUUUGUUUGGUUACUGAUCCUGGGAGACACAAAAGUGGAAUCCUUCACUGCCUACCUUAUAAUAUCAGGUGGUUGCAACAAUGGAGAAGAAAGCUUUGGCUCUGAAGGAAAUGAUGAAGACACAUGUUCCCAAGAGGAAGAAUUUGGACCCUCGAAAGUGGAUGACACAGGUACCAGUUAAGGCAUUUGCUGAUUUAGCUCUGAACAAGCAACCAGAAGACAAGAUGGACAACAGCUUUGACAACAAAGAGAUGUUACUGCAAACAGAGAAGCUGUUUAUUGAAGCAGCUAAAAGCAAUGAUGUAGCUGCAAUGAAGACACUUGGAAAGGGGUUAAAUCCCAAUGCAAAGAAUGUGCACAAUAGGACUGCCCUUCACUAUGCAGUCGCUGGCAAAAACAAGGAAGCGGUGGAGCUACUUCUACGGCGCAGGGUGGAAGUGGAUCAGAGAGACAAGUUUGGUGUGGCACCCAUUCAUUUAGCUGCCUGGUUUGGCAGCUUGGAGAUCCUGAAAUUAUUAGUACGGGCUGGAGCAGAACAGAAGAUUGAGAAUGAGGAAGGACUUAACAUCAUGCACUGUGCUGCUAUCAACAAUCAUACUGACAUUGUGGAAUACAUUGUCAAUGACCUGCAAAUGAAAGAACUGGACAAAGAUGAUCAGUCAGGCCAUUGUACAUUUGCCAUGGCGGCAGAACAUGGCUGCGUGCAAAUGUUACAGAUGCUAAUGGAGCCGGAUUACAACAUGGCCACCAUGAAGCCCAACAAGAGAGGAGACACGCCCCUGCACUUAGCUGCCAGGAACGGCCACUUGGAUGUUGUCCAACUACUGCUGCACAGCUUUGAUACCCGGGAUGAAAUUAAUAUGGACGGUGAGACCGCUCUGUACCAGGCUGCCAAGAACGCUCAGGAACAGUGCGUCCUGGCUUUGCUGGAAGCUGGCUGCAACCCCGACAUCCAAACAGCAACCAAAUGCAGCGCCCUUCAUCCAGUUUCAGAGCGAGGAGACACGUCUCUUGUCCAACUUCUCCUAGAAUAUAAAGCCCACACAGAUUUUGAGAAUGAGGACUUGGAGGUUCCUCUUCACCUGGCAGUGAAGAACAGCCACCUCCCUGUCAUCCAUUUUCUAUUGGAGGCAGGAUGCAACUUUAAUGUCACAGAUAAGAGGUCUCAGACGGUCAUGCAUCUUGCUGCUGAACUGGCAAGAAUAGAUGUGGUGGAAAUGCUACUGAAGGCUGACGUUGAUUUGACACUCGAAGACCGGCAGGGAAAGACGGCACUUGGCGUGGCGGCCAGAGCGGACGAGGUGAUCAUUGUGGACAUGAUCAUCAAGGCAGAAAGAUACAAAGCGUGGAAGAAAGCCAACCCAGAGUGUAAUGAGAGUGUUCAUAGCGAGUAUCCGCUAACAUUCAAACUGGACCACCGCAAUGAGACCAAGCAGCUCCGCUCGAUGACCUGGCGCCUGGCCUGCGAGCUCCUGAAGCCAAGAGACUGGAAACGUCUGGCUGAAUACUGGGGAUUCACCGAGGAACAAGUGAUGGCCAUCGAAAGGCAGUGGACGGGUCAGCACAGCUAUAAAGAACACGGCAACAGGAUGCUGCUGAUCUGGCUCCACGGAGAGGAAUUGGCAGGCACAAAUCCUUUGAUCGAACUCCAUCAAGCCCUUGUCCACACAGGACAUGGCAGAGCCGCAGAAAAGAUCCGGAUGGAGUCAGAGAAUGUCAACAGUAGGAGCUGCCAAGUAUCAUGAUUGAGGGGUUUGACACGCAAAAUUGUUUAAUUGCCGUAACAUCACUUUCAAGACACACUUGUACAAAAAAGUAGCGCUAAAAUAAUUUAUUAUGUAAAAAGAAAGCACCAGGUCAUAUACAAACAAGAGGGCUUUGGUUUGAUGUUCAAUGA